AUGCAGUCAGUUAUCGAUUUCCAUCAGACUUUAGAAGUAAAUGGUAUCCGGUUCUGGUGUUACACCGCUGGCCACGUCCUUGGUGCUGCCAUGUUCAUGGUUGACAUUGCUGGUGUUCGAGUCCUGUACACUGGAGACUAUUCACGUGAAGAAGACCGGCAUCUCCGAGCUGCUGAGCUCCCACAGUUCUCCCCUGACAUUUGCAUUAUUGAAUCCACUUACGGUGUUCAACUUCAUCAGCCGCGCCAUAUUCGAGAGAAGCGCUUCACGGAUGUCAUUCACUCUACCCUUUCACAAGGAGGUCGUGUCCUAAUCCCAGCAUUUGCCCUUGGCCGUGCACAAGAACUCCUCCUGAUCCUUGAUGAAUAUUGGUCAAACCAUCCCGAGCUCCAUAACAUUCCCAUAUACUAUGCUUCCCCUCUUGCAAAAAGGUGCAUGGCUGUUUAUCAGACCUACAUCAAUGCCAUGAACGAGAGGAUCCGCAAUCAAUUUGCCAACUCAAACCCUUUUGAUUUCAAACACAUAUCGGCGCUGAGUAGUAUUGAGAAUUUUAAUGAUGUAGGCCCAUCGGUUGUGAUGGCAAGCCCAAGUGGGCUUCAGAGUGGGUUGUCUCGACAGUUAUUUGAUAAGUGGUGCUCUGACAAGAAAAAUGCUUGCGUUAUUCCUGGGUAUGUUGUGGAAGGUACAUUGGCAAAAACGAUCAUUAACGAACCAAAGGAAGUUACCCUUAUGAAUGGCCUCACUGCUCCUCUUAACAUGCAGGUGCAUUACAUUUCCUUCUCGGCUCAUGCAGAUUAUGCCCAGACGAGUGCAUUCUUGGAAGAGCUUAUGCCUCCUAACAUAAUUCUUGUUCAUGGAGAAGCCAAUGAGAUGGGGAGGCUCAAGCAGAAGCUUAUUUCUCUGUUUGCUGAUGGCAACACCAAAAUUAUUUCUCCUAAGAACUGCCAGUCUGUUGAAAUGUAUUUCAACUCCGAGAAAAUGGCAAAAACUAUUGGAAGGCUGGCUGAAAAGACCACUGAAGUUGGUGAAACUGUCAGUGGUUUGCUGGUAAAGAAAGGGUUCACUUAUCAGAUCAUGGCACCUGAUGAUCUUCAUGUGUUCUCACAACUAUCAACUGCAAAUGUCACACAAAGGAUUACCAUCCCUUACUCAGGUGCCUUUGCAGUGAUAAAACACAGACUCAAGCAGAUAUACGAGAGUGUGGAGUGUUCGACAGAUGAGGAAUCUGGGGUUCCAACCUUGCGAGUGCAUGAUUGUGUAACAGUGAAGCAGGAAUCAGAAAAGCAUAUUUCAAUGCAUUGGACGGCCGAUCCUAUUAGUGAUAUGGUGUCGGACUCUAUUGUGGCUCUGGUUUUAAAUGCCAGCAGGGAGAUGCCUAAGGUGGUGGUGGAGUCGGAGCCUGAAACAAAUGAAGCAGAAAAUGAGAAGAAAGCAGAGAAAAUCAUCCGCUCACUCCUCGUUUCUCUCUUUGGAGAUGUUAAGGUUGGAGAGGAUGGGAAGCUGGUGAUAAGUGUUGAUGGGACUGUGGCUCAUCUCGAUAAACAGACUGGUGAUGUUGAAAGCGAAAAUGAAGGUCUAAAAGAACGUGUGAAGAUGGCGUUUCGUCGGAUUCGAAGUGCUAUGAAGCCAAUUCCACUCUCUGCAUCUUAGCUUCCGUUCAUACUUUUUUACUAUGAUGUUAAACCUUCAACGAGUGUAGUUGAUCUUUGAUGUUACCAUGCUGUUAAACCUUCAAUGAGUGUAGUUGAUCUUUGAUGUUUUGUAGGCUCUAUAGAAUGAAAGCCAACACUAAUUCUCAAUGCAUUAGGGCUUGUGCAAA